CCCGCGGGGCCGCGCACGCCGCUCCCCGCCCCCGCGCCGCCGCCCCAUUUAACGGGGCCCCGCCGGCGGUCCCGGCCCGUCCCGGCCCGUCCGAUCCCGGCGCGGCCCGUCGGCUCCCGGCCAUGGCGCACCCGCCGCUGCCGCUGCUGCUGGCGCUGGCGCUGGGUCUCGCCGCCGCCGCCAAGUCCCCGUACCAGCAGGUCCUGCAGCACAGCCGGCUCCGCGGCCGGCAGCACGGCCCCAACGUGUGCGCGGUGCAGAAGCUGAUCGGCACGAACAGGAAAUAUUUCACCAACUGCAAGCAGUGGUACCAGAGGAAGAUCUGUGGGAAGUCAACAGUAAUCAGUUAUGAGUGCUGUCCUGGAUAUGAAAAAGUUCCUGGAGAAAAAGGCUGCCCAGCUGCGCUGCCACUUUCAAACAUCUAUGAAACCCUGGGAGUUGUUGGGUCUGCCACCACGCAGCUCUACUCCGACCGGUCUAACCUAAGGCCAGAAAUCGAAGGACCUGGAAGUUUUACAAUUUUUGCCCCAAGUAAUGAGGCCUGGGCGUCCUUGCCUGCUGAAACUCUGGAUUCCUUAGUCAGUAAUGUUAACAUUGAGCUGCUCAAUGCCCUUCGCUACCACAUGGUGAACAAACGGGUCCUCACGGAUGAUCUGAAACAUGGGACAACACUUAACUCAAUGUACCAGGACCUGCCUAUCCAGAUUCACCACUAUCCCAAUGGGAUUGUGACUGUGAACUGUGCCAGGCUAUUGAAAGCUGACCACCAUGCCACCAACGGAGUGGUUCAUGUCAUCGACAAAGUCAUCGCCACCACUACAAACAGCAUUCAGCACAUCAUUGAGACUGAGGAAAGCCUGGAAACGCUUCGGGCUGCUGUGGCUGCUUCUGACCUCAACAGCUUGCUGGAAAGCGAAGGCCAGUACACGCUCUUGGCUCCAACCAACGAAGCCUUUGAGAAGAUCCCACGAGAAACACUGAACAGGAUCCUGGGGGAUCCAGAAGCCCUGAGGGACCUGCUGAACCACCACAUCCUGAAGUCAGCCAUGUGUGCCGAGGCCAUCAUCGCUGGCCUGACGAUGGAGACUCUGGAAGGAACCACCCUGGACGUGGGCUGCAGUGGGGAAGAGCUGACCCUCAACGGAAAGCCCAUCAUUGCCAACAAGGAUGUCCUGGCGACCAACGGCGUUGUACAUUUUGUUAAUGAGCUGCUGAUCCCAGACUCAGCUAAGACUCUGUUUGAGUUGGCACAAGAAUCUGAAGUUUCCAAGUCUAUGGACUUUUUCAGACAAGCUGGUCUCAGUUCUCAUCUAACUGGCAGUGAGCGAGUGACCCUCCUUGCCCCAGUGAAUGAUGUCUUCAAAGAUGGACUCCCCGUGGUCGACAGCAACAUGAAAAACUUGCUUCUGAACCACAUUGUUAGAGACCAGCUCUCCUCUAAAUAUCUUUACCAUGGACAGAAACUACAGACUCUGGGUGACAAGGAACUGAGAGUUUUUGUGUACCGCAAUAACCUUUGCAUUGAAAAUGCCUGCAUUGCUGCCCAUGACAAGAGAGGAAGGUUUGGGACCCUGUUUAGCGUGGACAAAAUGUUGACUCCACCGUCUGGCUCAGUGAUGGAUGUUCUCAAGGCAGACCAUCGCUUCAGUACAUUGGUAGCUGCAAUCCAGUCUGCAGGUCUCACGGAGAACUUGAACAGGCCAGGUACCUUCACAGUGUUUGCUCCAACAAACGAAGCUUUCCGAGCCAUGCCCCAAGGGGAACUGAACAAACUAAUGGGUAAUGCCAAGGAGCUUGCCAACAUCCUCAAGUUCCAUGUGGCUGAUGAGAUCCUGGUGAGCGGCGCAGUCAGUGCCCUUGUGAGGCUGAAGUCCAUGCAGGGAGAUAAACUGGAAGUCAGCACGAAAAACAACGUAAUACACGUCAACAAGGAGCCUGUUGCUGAAAGCGAUAUCAUGGCCACGAAUGGCGUGAUUUAUGCCGUGAACUCUGUCUUACAGCCGCAGGCUUCAAGGCCGCAAGAAAGAGGUGACGAGCCUGCAGAUCCCGCAUUAGAAAUCUUCAAACAGGCAUCUGCGUUAUCCAAGGUUUCUCAGAGAAAUCCUCGACUAGCACCCGUCUACUCCCGGUUACUAGCAAGGUUGAAGGAGAACUCGGGUGGAUUCUGAGCUGCAUCGUGAGCAACCGCAGUCAGCGCCUCCAUCCCAUCCGCUCCGGCUGACAGCUAAAGAGAAGGACAGAAUUGUUUUUAAAAACCAAAUAUCACCCUUAAAUUUAUUUUUGUUUCCAAUGAAAUGGAUAGGAAAAAGGAAAAGCCAUAGAUAUAUGUAUAUAUUUUAAUACCAUUUUUAUUUGGUUUUGACCUUAAAGUUCCCACGCUGAGGAUAGGUUUUGGUUUUGGUUUGUUUUGUUUUUUUACAAAGUAGUCACUAAUUUGCAAUUUUUAACAUAGCCAGUUUUGGGCUUGAUACGUAUGUACCAGGGCAGGUGCUGUAUUCCGCCCUGGUUCAGGAGCUCAGAGAGAUGCUUAGAGCUCGCCUUGGUGCUGUCUCACUGGGGGACACUGAAAGGGGCUGAAUUAAAACCUCUUUUCCAGGCUCCCAGUGGUACCUACUGGCACUGCAAACUCCAGGCUCCCAAAGCAGGGAGGCAGGUAUGAUCUCACUGAAAACCCCCUCAAAACCAGUGCCAGAAUUGGGAAAUUUUGGCCAGAAAGACUUGGCAGGAAUUGGAUAUGUUCAGCUUUCUGAGCAAAUACAUCACCCAGGGCCAACUGUAUGGCUGGGCGAACAGCGAUUACUUUGGAGGAAGUAAAUUUGUUGAAUUAAUUAACUAUCACCCAAGCAAUUGUUUUUCCUGCUUUUUUUUUUAAACAAGCAUGUGCUUCCUUCUUCCCCUGUGUUUUAAAAGUCUUCCAUGAAAUUCUGAAUUGAAGGCUUUUAACAAAAGCCUCUCUAUUGACAUUGAAGAAACUGCAUAAUUAUAAGCUAUGGUUUGAACUGUUCUCUUUUUUUUUUUUUUUUUUUUAUUGGGUUUUGUUUAUGCCUUUGGGUUUUAACUGUGCUGCGUUUUGUUCACGAGAUUGAAAUGAGAGUUCUCCCUGGCUGAAGCCUUCCAGUACAUGAUUCAUUUUUAAUAAUGGUUGUUUUUUUUAAUAAAAAUUAAAAAUAAAAUCAAAAAUAUAAAUAUGA